CUAUCCGUUACGGAACUCCCGAAAAAAUCGGUUGCGGGGGCCAGAGCGGUGGGGGCGCUAACGUGCGCCGUCCCCACCAUCACCGCGACCCGAGCUCACCCCGGAGAGGGAAAAAAAACGGAGAAGAGGGGCGCUCUCUCUCUCGCGCGCGCGCUUCUCCCGAGUGUUCUAGAAUUUCUACAUAUAUUUAUACGAGAUUAUAAAUUUAGUUAUUAUUAUUUCCAUUAUAUUUAUUAAUAUUAUAUAUUUAUAUAUCUGGAGAUAAAUGUGGCCAUAAAUGUGUGGAUGGAUCCGUACACUUCUUGCAUGGCCGACCAUCGAUCCGAAUUUAGAGUGGCUUUUGCCGCGGCGGGUCGGGUAAUCCGUCGAACACAUGAGCUUCAGCGAGAAUCACAAAUACAACGGCGGCCGCAGCGCGUCGUCGCGGUUGGAGCGGCUGUUGUGGGAUAGAGAGCUCCGGAGGUCCAGCAGGCCUUCUCAUCAGCAAGAAGAACCCAAUUAUACCAGCACUGCUGACAAUAAUAAUAUCAGCAGCAGCAGCAGCAGCAGCAGCAACAGCAACAGCAACAACAACUACAACAAUAAUCAUGGUAACAGCAAUGGCAGCGUUUGUUGCGAUGACGGUGGCACUAAUGCCGAUAUAGAUGCCGGCGUAGAAAUCGGCCCCGCCGAGUUUGCGAUGCCGAGCGGAUGCGGCGCGAGUAGGGGAGCAGGCUCCGACAGCGCCGCGGUCGCCGGUGAGGUUACGAUCGGAAUGCCGUCCUCCUCGGGCGCGGCGCGGAGCUGGAGGGACGGUUUCAGGAUGGGCGGCUCGCGAGGCAUGAAGCAGCGGCUGCUCGUGGUGGCCAAUAGGCUGCCGGUUUCUGCGGUGAGGCGCGGCGAGGACUCGUGGUCUCUGGAGAUCAGUGCAGGUGGAUUGGUCAGCGCCCUUCUUGGUGUGAAAGAUGUAGAUGCUAAAUGGAUAGGAUGGGCCGGUGUAAAUGUACCAGAUGAAGUUGGGCAGAGAGCGCUGACAAGGGCACUAGCUGAGAAGAGAUGCAUUCCAGUUUUUCUUGACGAGGAGAUUGUACACCAAUACUACAAUGGCUACUGCAACAAUAUCUUGUGGCCACUUUUUCACUAUCUCGGCCUCCCACAAGAAGACCGGCUUGCUACUACUCGAAGCUUUCAAUCUCAGUUCGAUGCAUAUAAGCGUGCGAACCAGAUGUUUGCUGACGUCGUGAGCCAGCACUAUCAAGAGGGUGAUGUCGUAUGGUGCCACGAUUAUCACCUCAUGUUUCUUCCCAAAUGCCUCAAGGAGUAUAACAGCAAGAUGAAAGUCGGCUGGUUUCUGCACACACCAUUCCCUUCAUCGGAAAUUCAUAGAACCCUUCCUUCUCGAUCGGAGUUACUUAGAUCUGUCCUUGCCGCUGAUUUAGUUGGUUUCCAUACAUAUGAUUAUGCAAGGCACUUUGUUAGUGCCUGCACCAGAAUUCUUGGGCUUGAGGGCACACCAGAAGGGGUAGAAGAUCAAGGAAAACUGACGAGGGUGGCAGCGUUUCCUAUUGGAAUAGACUCAGAGAGGUUUAAGCGAGCGCUUGAUCAUCCAACAGUUAAAGAGCGCAUCAAAGAACUGAAGCAGCGGUUUGAGGGCCGAAAGGUAAUGCUGGGUGUCGAUCGUCUUGAUAUGAUUAAAGGGAUACCACAAAAAAUUUUGGCCUUUGAGAAGUUCCUCGAGGAAAACCCAUUGUGGCGUGAUAAAGUAGUCUUGCUUCAGAUUGCCGUGCCAACAAGAACUGAUGUACCUGAAUAUCAAAAGCUUACCAGUCAGGUGCAUGAGAUUGUUGGACGUAUUAAUGGCCGGUUUGGAACAUUAACAGCAGUUCCCAUACAUCAUCUGGAUCGAUCACUGGAUUUUUAUGGUUUAUGUGCUCUCUAUGCUGUAACCGAUGUGGCUCUUGUAACAUCGCUGAGAGAUGGGAUGAAUCUUGUCAGCUAUGAGUUUGUGGCUUGCCAAGGUGAAAAGAAAGGGGUUCUUAUUUUAAGUGAGUUUGCUGGAGCUGCACAAUCUCUUGGAGCUGGUGCCCUCCUAGUAAACCCUUGGAAUAUAACCGAAGUUGCUGCCUCUAUCUGCUAUGCUUUGGAAAUGUCUUCUGAUGAGAGAGAAAAACGGCAUAGACAUAACUAUGCUCAUGUGACUACGCACACCGCCCAAGAUUGGGCUGAAACUUUUGUAAGCGAACUAAAUGACACUGUCGUCGAAGCUCAGCUUAGGACAAGACAAGUUCCGCCUUUGCUUCACACUGACACGGCAAUAGAACGAUAUCUGCGGUCCAAGAACCGACUGCUCAUAUUGGGUUUCAAUGCAACAUUGACUGAACCGGUUGAAUCAUCUGGAAUAAGAGGUGGUGACCAAAUUAAGGAGAUGGAGCUCAAACUGCAUCCCGAAUUGAAAGGACCUUUGGCGACUCUUUGUGAUGAUCCACAGACAACUGUUGUUGUACUUAGUGGAAGUGACAGAAGUGUCCUGGAUGAUAAUUUUGGAGAAUUCAAUAUGUGGUUGGCUGCAGAAAAUGGGAUGUUUUUACGCCUGACUAGCGGAGAAUGGAUGACAACAAUGCCAGAGCAUCUAAACAUGGACUGGGUUGACAGUGUAAAGCAUGUUUUUGAGUAUUUUACUGAGAGAACACCCAGGUCCCAUUUUGAACACCGUGAAACCUCACUUGUAUGGAACUACAAGUACGCAGACGUUGAAUUUGGUAGACUUCAAGCAAGAGAUAUGCUACAGCACUUAUGGACAGGUCCAAUAUCCAAUGCAGCCGUUGAUGUCGUCCAAGGUAGCCGGUCAGUCGAGGUUCGAUCUGUGGGGGUUACCAAGGGUGCUGCAAUUGAUCGUAUUUUGGGAGAAAUUGUCCAUAGUAAAAGCAUGAUCACCCCAAUUGACUAUGUUUUAUGUGUUGGUCACUUCCUGGCAAAGGAUGAAGAUAUCUACACCUUCUUCGAGCCGGAGCUCCCAUCUGAGCCGUUAAAUGCUGCAAAAGCAAAAGCAUCCGACGGUUGCAGGCCGACUCUCGACCGCAGGACCUCAGGGAGAUCAUCAAACAGUCGGAACAACUCGAGAAAUUCGCAGUCGCGAACUCAGAGGUCGCAGUCCGGGUCGGAAAGGCGGAACUCGUUCAAUCAUAACUCUCAGCGAUCUCCUCAGGAAACCGUGUCGUGGCGCGAGGGUUCUUCCGUGCUGGAUCUCAAGGGCGAGAAUUAUUUCUCCUGCGCUGUGGGGAGGAAACGUUCCAAUGCGAGGCACCUGCUCAACUCGUCGGACGAAGUUGUUUGCUUUCUCAAGAAACUGGCAGAGGUGGCGGGCCAUUGCUACGGUGCCGGUAAUCAGCCUGGUUAGAGUUCUGUUUCUGGUGAAAGGUGGGUUAGAUUUAUUCCGCUCGAAUUCCUGCUCGGCGUUGUAAAAAUGUGUAUAAUUCUACCCCGUGAAAAUGCUAUCCCCCGUGUGAGCACUCAGUGGUAGCUAAAGAAGUAUUAUUUGGGACAGUAUAUAUUUCGGUUUGCGAUUCGAUCUUUGCUGUUUCUUGUUCUAUUUAAAUUUGUUCUAUUUAUUGAAAUUUGUUUUGUUC